AUGCGCCUCACACUCGCGACUCUCCUGGCAUGCUUCGUCUACAUGACAACUUUUGUAUCUGCCAUUUCCAUAAGCUAUCGCGUCACCUGGAAAGAGGGUAAAAAGGAAGGCGCAGAAGCCAGCUCCGAGGAGAUCGAAACCAGUCGCAAGGACUCAGUGAUAAACGGCGGAUGUCCAGUUGCUUUCGAAUAUACGGAAAUUAACCAUCAAAAGCUAUCCCUCAUUGUCCUGGUCACAGGAGCUGGAAUCCCGAUCCUGUUGUCACUGCUCCGGUUCAUACCCUUCCCUGCCACUUUGGUUGACCAAUUUCAUGGCUACAUCAUUGAGCCUCCGCUGUUCGGAGGACGCCACGCCAGCCCGAUAUUAGGUGUGGGACUCGUCCCAACUAGAGGCCAGUCUCUUUUCAUUCUGUACCUGAUUGUCAUCAAUGUCGUAUUUGUGGCAAUCGGAUAUCAGCCUCGCCAACCAAACUCCUGGUGGGAACAUGGCCUCUGGGAGGAAAUCCUCAAUUAUGUGGCAAACCGCACUGGGAUGCUGAGUUUUGCCAACCUCCCGCUCCUGAUUCUGUAUGCAGGUCGAAAUAACCUUCUUCUCUGGUUGACAAGCUGGUCAUACUCCACCUUCUUGUUGAUCCAUCGCUGGGUUGCCUUUCUCUGUGUGCUUCAAGCCGCUAUUCACUCGGCUCUUUGGUUGCAUAUUCAUGUAGGGAUCUCUCAAGACCAUAGCGAAAUUGCGGCUGUCCCUUACUGGUACUGGGGGAUCAUCGCGACGCUCGCCCUCGUGCUCAUUCUCCCUUUCUCCCUACUGCCAGUCCGUCAGAAAAUGUACGAGUUCUUCCAUGCGGCGCAUAUCGUUCUCGCGAUUCUGUCUAUUGUCGGAUGUUGGUAUCACAUCAUCUACCGCUACAAACGUCAAUGGGGAUACGAAAAUUGGGUCAUCAUGGCUUCUGUCAUCUGGGCUUGUGAUUGGGUGCUUCGGGCAGUAAGAAUGACUGGAAAUGGAGUUAAAAGGGGUUAUAUCACUAAGCUUGGCGACGAGUACAUUCGCGUGGACGUGCCCGGCCUGAACUGUCCAGGCCACGCCUACAUGUACUUCCCUACUCUCACGUGGCGAGUCUGGGAAAGUCACCCCUUCUCGGCAAUCGGUAUGUCUCAAGUUACAGGUCCGGAAACGGGGUCAAACCAUGUUCAAGCUCCCGAACCGAAAGUCAUUGACUCCGAAAAGUGCGUUGGAUUGACGAGUGUCGUUACGACAGGCGAAACCUCGUCAUCCACCUCGCCGCAGGAGGGUGACUCAGCUGCUCAUGUAAUAAAAGUAGGAGCAAGCUUCUUUAUUCGCGUUGAAAAUGGUACAACAUCUCUUCUUGCAGCCCAUGCCGGUAAGCCUGAAGGGGUACCUCUAUUAGCUGAGUGCUAUAACCAUCAAUCUCUUCUCGGCCAUAGUUUUCAUGGCCAACCGACUCCAAAUCAUCCAAAUCUUGUCAUUAUUGCAGGUGGAGUGGGAAUCACCGCAGUUCUGCCAAGACUCGCCGCAUCGCAAGUCCUUUUCAAGAAACCGGCCGGCAGAAGAACGCUCUAUUGGGGUUUACGUGAGGAGGGUUUAGGGCUCUUGAAGGCCGUGGAAGACAUGAUUGGGGGGCGCGUUGAACACAAGGGAGAGCCUAGAGUAGUCAAAGGAGAUCGGGAAUGUCACAACCAGACUGAACGGAAGUGGGGUGAUGUUGAUAUUCAUAUCAGGGUUGGAGAAAGAUUUGACUUUAGGGCCGUGAUAGAGACGGAGCUAGCCACAACUCAUGGCCAAGGAGGCACCGUCAUUCUCAUAUGUGGCCCUCGAGGGAUGGCAGACGAGGCCAGAAUGGUUGUUACUGCACAUAAGAGAAAGGGUGUUGCCGUCAGGCUAGUCGAGCAUAGCUUCUCUUGGUGA